AUGAAGCUGAUUGGAACUCUCUUCUCUACUGUUUUCUUGGUAGCUUUGGUUCAAGCCGGUAUAAACACUUUAAGUCCUUAUUCCAGUACUCCUUGGACUGGUGGCCAACCCCAAAACAUUCAAAUUGCUGAUGAUGGUCAACAACCUUCGUUGAGUUCUUUACAUAAUAUAACUUGCGAUUUAUAUGUUGGAAACUCACAAGCCCAAUUCUUCGCUCAAAACUGUGCAACUGGAGUUGAUGGUGCAACAACUAGUACAAUAGCAUGCAAUGUCCCUGCUACAGUAGGGCCUGUAUGUUCAUGCUAUUUCAUUAAAUACACUUCUGGAAAUUAUACCGCUUAUUCUGGUAGCUUUACUAUCAACGGAGUAAGUGGCACAAUUCAAGGGUUUGAUCCUUCAAUGUGCACUGCAAAACCAAACGCUUCUCCUGCCGCAACUGGUUCUGUUAAAACUCCCACACCUUCAAGUUCAAGUGGCGAUUUUAAUCACCCAAUUUCUAAUUUUGCUGGAUUGUCUUUGGCUAUCGUUGCUGUCGCCUUUACUUUACUUUAA